AUGGCGCAGCGCCGGACACCAGCAGCGGCCCGCGGACGCCCUCCCGCUCCCGCCUCCCGCCUCCCCGGCAGUGCGCAGGCGCAGUGCGUCCCCGCCGAUUCGGCGGCAGUGCGCAGGCGCGGCUCGCCGGGUCCGGGUGAGGCGGCGCGGUCGGUGUCCCGAUGCGGUGUGAGCCUUGGCCUUGGCCCCGGGGACGGUCCGGCUCAGCCUCUCUCGCACCACGGCCAUGGAGAUGCAGGAGCCCAAGGGCCAGGUAGCGACCGGCGGCGGUUUUCCGUCGCGGCUCCCUUUGUUUGCGGGGAUGAGCGGGCACUGAGCGCAGGCACCGGGGAGGCAGGGCUGGGAGCCGGGGCGGGAGGCGGCACGGCCGGGGGAGGCUGCAUUGAUGGCAAAUUUGGGCCUUUCACCAGACAGGCUCUGAUGAUGCUACGUAACCAACUCACUGCAAUCCUAGAAGAACACCAGAAACAACAGAGGAAAAAGGAUUCUUGGAAGGAAGUGUGGUUUAAGGGCUUCCUCACCAAACAACGUUCCUCCAGCUUCCACUGGCCAGGGGCAGCUCUCAUGCUGCUAGCUGCGAUUUUACUGCUUUGUUGCUAUGGCAGCCAGCCAAAUGGAGGCCAGGGCACUGCAGUACUGAAUGCAGGAGUGCUGUUCCUUCUGAUAUUCCUCAACCUCUACGUGAGAAGACAGGGGCGACUGAAGAAGGGAGAGGUCGUUGCCAGACUGCAGGAAAUCAUCAAGAAGCUAAACGAAACGCUUGUGGGUAAUGGGGAUUUGAAAUGGGAGAAUACAUCAUACCCAGAUCUCUUUAUGCCUUCUGCUCCAUCCUGGUCACUCCACUGGGCCUAUAGAGAUGGGCGUCUCGUCAAUCUUCCUGUCUGUUUAUUAGUAGAAGGUGAUGUCAUUGCCCUUAGACCAGGCCAAGAAUCCUUUGCCUCUUUGAGAGGGAUUAAGGAUGACGAGCACAUAGUGUUGGAGCUCUGUGAUUUGUUUCCACCUUUCUCGCCCCACCAACACCCAGAGGAAAAGGGAAAGAAGGGGCCUGAGGUUCCUCAACAGCACAGGCUCUUCAGAGUAGUGAAGACCCCAGUUCUUGAAAAUGUUAGGCGGAGUCUGGAUCUGGCACUAUCUCGACCUGUCACCGCACUUGAUAAUGAACGCUACACGGUGCAAUCAGCGAUGGAGAAAUACACCGUUCCUUGCAUUCUGGUUGCGUUUCUGAUUACAAAUGCUGUGCGAUUUGCUCUUGAUGCUCCUGGAAUCGGCAACUGGAAGUUUACCUUCUUCCAACUUCAGGUGAAUGGCGUUUUGCCUAUUCUUCCCUUGUUCUUCCCUGUGGUGUGGGUGCUGGUCACAGCCUACGGAGAAGCUAGAGUUCUAGCGCAGUUCAGCAAAGCUGCUCCUGUUGGCCUGCUGGCAAAAUUCUCCGAGGAUACGCUUAGCAGUUACACAGAAGUGGUUUCUUCAAAGGAAAUGAUGUUCUGUAUUUGGAGUCACUUCUGGUCACUACUGCAAGGAAAAUCUCUUACCCUCUGCUACACUUCCAGUCUGCUUCAGAACUUGGGCUCUGUCACGGUGCUUUGCUGUGUGGACAAGCAAGGAAUACUGUCCUGGCCCAAUCCCAGUCCGGAAACGGUUCUGUUCUUCAGUGGACGUGUGGAGCCGCCCCAUGACAGCCUAGAGGACCUGAAAGAUGACUUAUCCAUGAGAUCAUUUUGUCACCCGGAAAUGGAAGAAGAGAAGGACGAGCCCAGGGAAGCUGAUGCUCUGUUGCCCAACACCGGCCUGGAAUUUAUACAUAUCACCAAUGAGGUUGCACAGGAGAAAGAGGAAAAGACUGAAAGCACUCCACGGUCAAGGAAACGCACUGACAAUCGGCGAUGCAAGCACUUGUCAGGGUCCAAUGUCAGCUUCAGCAAAGACACAGAAGGAGGAGAGGAUGAAUUGACGCAGGUGAGCGGUAUUGGUGAAGACCUGGACUUGGAAGCAGAAGAUUACAUCUGUGAUUACCACCUGGAAAUGCUGAGUCUCUCACAGGACCAGCAGAACCCAGCCAGUAUUCAGUUUGAUGACUCAAACUGGCAACUCCACAUCUCUUCGCUGAAACCACUGGGUCUCAACAUCCUCCUCAAUCUGUGUUACUCCACCGUUACCGAGCAAGUGUGCUGCUUCUCUGAUCACCUGUCCAAUAUUGCCCUGCAAGAGACAUCGGGUACAGCCAUGCCAAUCCAUGUUCCUUGGGGGCUCUGUGAAUUGGCCAGGCUUAUAGGCUUUACUCCUGGUGCCAAAGAACUCUUCAAGCAAGAGAAUCAUCUGACCAUGUAUCAACUUCCGACAGCAGAGAUGGUCAAAGAGCCGGUGACUCGGCGACUUCUAAAUGUAACCAAGAGGCGACCACCACUCAGUCACAUGAUUAGCCUUUUUGUGAGAGAUACAUUGACCGAUAGUGUGCAGAUGUUAUCUCACGGUACAGCUGAUGUCAUCCUGGAGGCCUGCACAGAUUUCUGGGAUGGUGCAGAUAUUUAUCCCCUCUCUGGAUCUGACAGGAAGAAAGUCCUAGAUUUCUACCAACGAGCCUGUCUCUCGGGGUACUGUUCGGCUUUUGCUUAUAAGCCGAUGCACUGCACCUUGUCCUCUGAGCUGAAUGGGAAAUGCAUCGAGUUGGUCCAGGUGCCAGGUCAGAAUACCAUCUUCACCUCUUAUGACUUACCGGGGACCACACCCAUUAAACACGGCAGCAGACGGAACAGCUGGAGCUCUGAUGAGGGAAUAGUGGAAGUGAUGGAGAAGGAAGACUGCAUCCAAGCCUUGAGUGGGCAGAUCUUCAUAGGAAUGGUCUCCUCUCAGUAUCAGGCUCGGCUGGACAUAGUCCGAUUGAUUGAUGGCCUUGUGAAUGCAUGCAUCAGGUUCGUCUACUUCUCCCUGGAAGAUGAAUUAAAAGCAAGAUCAGAGGCUGGGUGUCCUGUCGUGAAUGAUUUACCUUCGACUUCCCAAAGCCUUCCCACCAUCUACAAGGUAUUUGCAGAAAAGAUGGGUUUAGAAACAGGCUGGAACUGUCACAUCUCUCUACUGCCGUAUGGUGGAGGCUCUGGUUCUGAGAUCCCGCAGUCCAGCCCAAGCCACACUGGCUCUCUGCAUGAUGACCUUCAGGAUUCGAAGGAUGAUGCAGAGGGAGCAUUACUAAUGGAAGAAGAAAGACACUCUGAUCUCAUUAGCUUCCAGCCAACGGACAGUGAUGUGCCCAGCUUUUUGGAAGAUCAUAACAGGGCUAAACUGCCACGAGGAAUCCACCAAGUGCGACCACAUCUCCAGAACAUUGAUAAUGUGCCUUUACUGGUCCCUCUGUUCACCGACUGCACUCAGGACACAAUGUGCGAGAUGAUGAAGAUCAUGCAAGAGUACGGGGAGGUGAUCUGCUGCUUGGGAAGCUCUGCGAACUUCCGAAACAACUGUCUCUUCCUGCAGAGUGACAUUGGUGUUGCAAUGGAUCCUCUCUACCCGUCCCGCUGUUCCUGGGAGACCUUUGGCUAUGCCACCAGCGCAAAUGUUUCCUUUGAUUCUGAUGAACUUUCACCUCUGCAAUUAUCCGGCCUCUUGAACAGUCUGCCUUGUUCCAUUUUCUUUCACCAGGAGGAAAGUAUCAGCAUCAUCAAACUCAUCGAACAGGCACGGCACACUACAUAUGGAAUCAGAAAAUGCUUUCUGUUCCUGUUACAGUGUCAGCUUACUCUUGUCUUCAUACAGUUUUUGGCCUGUCUGGUUCAGCUGCCUCCACCUCUCGGCACCACUGAUGUUCUCUGGCUAUCCUGCUUCUGUUACCCAUUGCUCAGUGCUGCUUUGUUGGGGAAACCUCCAGACAGUUCGGUGAUGACUGUGGCAACAGGAAAAAAUUUUGUAUCCAUUCCAAAAAAGACUCAGCAGCACUUCCUUGUGUGUUUUCUGAUCAAGUUCAGCCUCACUAUUUUUGCCUACCUCGUUUGCUUUGGAUUUAUGCUGCAGGAGUUUUGUAAUAAAUCUAAAUCUUUGAAUAUUACCAACUGCAUGUCAAUAAUGAACAGUUCUGCAGAGGGAGCACCAGUAUGGUUUGACAAGUAUUCUAAUGGAUUGUUGCUGGCUCAGAAGGUGAUGGCCUGUUUCAUUGUUCUACACACAGUUUGCAUUUCCAUCAGCCAUGUUCAUCGGUCCAAAACUCUGUGGAGGAAAAGUCCUUUCAGUAACUUAUGGUGGUGUCUCACUUUACCUGUAGUGCUGGUGAGCCAAAUUGUACUGGUGCUGGUGGAUUUAAAGCUGUGGGAAAAUGUGGACACCCCAUUGACUUUUGAGCUGCGCGACAUCCCGUUGAUCUCUUGGCUCCUUGGCUUCCUGUCUGUCAUUCUAGUGGUGUUUAUCAAUGAAGUGGUCAAACUACAUGAAAUAAGAGUACGAGACCGUUACCAGAAGAGGCAAAAGCUACAGUUUGAAACCAAGCUGGGAAUGAAUUCUCCAUUCUGACACUGGGAUAAGUGCUGACGAGCCAGACUGCCAACUGCAGAGGAGGGGCAGCUUCUCGACUGACUUCAGACAGGUCAGGUCAAGGAGCUGGCCCACAAAGCACCGCAUUACUACUGCGUGAAGACUUCAAAACUGCACUAGAAAUUACCAACCUCGUGUCAAUUGAGGGGGUUUACCAGAUACCUCAGGACAAACACACAGGGCGUAGAGAUAGGAGUGUGACGCUUCAGGAAGUGGUACCCAGAAAUGCACGGUCGUGCAAGUUAAAAUGGAAAAAAACGCUGAAGCAAAAUCGGUCUCCAGUAACUGGAGAGAACCUCAACACUGCGUCUCUUUCUCACCAUGCGUGUCUGUCAGCCUGUGCCCAGAGGCUGCAUCUCCGUGAUAGAGGUGAGGAACUGACGCUUCAGUAAAGGAAAUGACAUUGGUUGUGGCUUUACAAGCAAAUUGUGAAACCUUCCCACAAGGACUUGUUUAGGGGUUGUUACCUUUUCCAGUUUUGGGGCUUUCGGGUGAUAUUCAAUAAUGUAAUAUAAUCAGAGCCCUUAAGUGUCUUAGGAAGCAGGAGUCUUAUCGCUGCCUCCCAUUUUUAAAUUCCUUCCAUCUUGUGGACUUCCGAGCUGCAGGAGCAGUAACCAGUAGGCAGCAGGGAACCCCUUUGCACUCAGCCAGGGUUGCUUCUGCACGCUGCUGGGAGGUGCUUUAUGACUUUAGGUUAGUGACCCAACCAGAAUCAGGAUUUGCUUUCUCAAGCCCAGCCAAGCACACCCAGCUGAAUGCAGUACCUAGCAUGUGUUUUUGUAUAUAUGUGUAUGCCCUUGUAUGUCUAUGCAGUGCCAGGUAGAUUUGUAUUUAAUUUGAGAGGCAUUAUGGAUUGUACCCAAAGUAACUCUACAUUGGACAAGGUGAGGGGGUGGGUUAAAUGUUUCAAAUCAGCAACUCACCUGCUGUGAUUUAUCAGUGAAAGAAUUGAUUGCUCAACUUGACUGGAUCAUUCCAAAAGCAAAUUGUUGCAUAUGCUGGAAAUCUGAGAUAAAAACACAAUGCUGGAAGUACUCCGGCAGUAUCUGUGGGGAAAGGGUUAAUAUUUCAGGUUGACGACUUUUCACCAGAGCUCAGUUUACUAGCACUUAACAUGCUUAGUCUGUGAAACGAGAAAUGAAUAGUAGUUGCUCAUGCACUGUGCUCUGAGACUGAUGGAUUGCAACUCCCAGUCAGAACAACACAGCAAAAGAGUGCUGCAGCUUCUCAUCUUUCUAUUCAGCCACUCCAGAUUUCUACAAUUAUAGAGCCAUGGAAUGUACACCCUGCCAUACAAAGUGAGCUGCCCUGAGCCUGUGCUGAACUUGAAUCACAUUGUCACAGCAGCUCUGUCUCUGAACUACACAGCAAGCUUCACGGAAGGUAAACGUUGAGAUUCUAGGUCCUUAGGAAGGGUCAUUACUUGGCAGCAGCUACAGUGGAAGUGUAUUCAUCUUUUGAUUCAUUAUAAUCAGUAGUUUAAAGGGAAGAUGAAGGAACUUGACCCCCUUGUUUGUCCUUUCCACCUGGGUAGCUGUAGCUUUCAAUCCACAUGUACAAUUGAAGUUCAGCCUAUUUUAAGCUGUGCAAAUGAAAAGCAUGGUGUCUCCCCCUCUGGAGUGAAGGCUGAUUAUGAUGCUCUCUGGGUUAAAUUACAACACUGGAAUUUCGAUUGGGCACUUCUGGUCGUGAACCACUUAUUUUCUGCUGACGCACUUCGAUGUCGGAUGUAUACAGUAUAACAUCACACCCGUGUGACGUUCUUUAAGAGUAAUUGCUGGGAGAAAUUAGUCAACGUGAUCCUGAAGUGUGCUGCUGUUGGGAAUUCUCGGCCCGUGCACGGUUCCACAGUCUGAGCAUGUCCUCGCCCAUUGCUGUGAACCCUAUUCAGGUAGGUCCCCUACUUACCCUCCUGCCUUUUGCAGGUUCCCUCCAACCUCUCACUUUCCUCACCAUCACCAAUCUCACGACACAAUCCGCUCCUCCACUACACACACUUUCAAAUUGGAGACCCCAGCUUAAAACCACCAGUCCCUGUGCACCUAUCACAGUCCAAACACGAGUACCCCUCCCACCAACCUGAACCCAUUUAUCAUCAUGCCCUCUGCACUGGUGCAGUGUUGUAGGCAAAGAACUUGCCCUGGUGUAUGGUCAGUUCAGUAGCGCCCAGCACAUUAGACCUUGGCUGCUACUGAAUUUUAAAGCAGUGUGCCAUGCACUGGUGGAUUAACAUGUCUGUAUGGGCACAGGAUUCUCCAGUGCAUCUUGUCCAAAACUGUCAUUUUGGUUAGCCCAUGUUAAAUUGCUAAUCCUUUGAAGUAUUGGACACCUUGUGUUGUAGAGAUGACUUGGCUUCAUGUACUAGUUUGGAUGUUAUUCAGUGUCCUGCACAUUUUCCUUUCACCAUCACCUCUCCAGUUUCCACAUGUCUCUGUAGCUGUUUAAUGACUGAAGCUUUAAUAUUUCCAGAAUGGAGUCGACCCUUGCACUGAUGUAGUGCAAGAAUUGUUACACUAAUAUCACCUUGAGACGUCUUUGCACAAAGACUUGCUCGUUUGAUAACAUGUAUCAUACAAAGUAGUACAAGUGCAUAAAUUGGCACCUACCACGAGUAUUAUUUGUACAGCGCCUGAUUUGUGUGGUGUGUUUACCACCCUAGGAACUGUAGUCACUAAACUCCACUGAGUUUCGGGAAGUGUUUUGAUUUCCAGCAAGGUUUAUUGAAGAAAGCAGAACCACUAACAGAUGGGAGCAUAAACUGCCAGCGUAGCAGUUGUUUUAUCUUGUAUUACGCAAAAUGCCUGUGCAAGUCCUUACACAAGCCCUCCAAGAUGCCAAAUUAGUUCUCUUGCAACACUGUUCAAUUCAGUGAUUAUAGAAAAUUGUUUUGUUUUUGAGAAACUGCAUCAGCUCUUUCCAAAAUCAUUAUCAUGCCUUUGAAAUGUAUACCUCACUGAUAACAAAUAUUGUCUCAGACAGGAAGCCAGACAGUCUUUGAUUCUGAAGCUAUUUCAUGUAAGACUUGAUACAAGUCUUGUGUUAUUUUGUCACAUUAUCUUUCAUGGCCCUGUAACUGUAGUUGUUCGAGGGCAGUGAGCAGCUUUGGAAGGCAAUCUGAUUCCAGGUGUUUUGCAUUUAGAAAACAGCUGUAUACAAGACUCAGGUUCAACAAGCAAAGCUAUUUUGGCAGGAGUAAAUAAGGACUUCAAAAAAAAAUCACUUAGCUCUGUUAAGUUCAAUAUGAGAUUACGUGCAGAAAACAUCCCUUACGGUUGCCCAGCCACUUGUAUGUGAUGCAGGGGGAGUGACAUAUCUCCAUUGAUGUAGUCCUUAGUUGUAGACUGAUGAAGGGUGCCCUGCAUUGAACAAAUCAUUGAGAUCGACAUGCCAGAGUGAUGUUUGACCAGACUUUGCAGGUGAAGUCCACUGCCCACAAUUGUCAUCUGCUGCCCAAACAUAACUGGUCCAGAUGCAGAAGGCUCAUCUUGCUGGUGUGAAACAUCCCAGAUUCUAGUGGCAAGGUUUGAGAGGAGCCAGGGCCUUCACCCUGCCCUCAAACUUUGACUGCUAGCAAGGCCCUGCCCUGGUUUUGCUGUGUGUAAAAGCUGAACAUUUUUAAAUGUUAGAAUGCACGAGGAAUCAAAAAACUAAAUAUAAAAUUAAGGAUAAAUUAAGUUUAUAUCAGCUAAAAGCAAUUGGUGAUUAAAGACAUGAAACAAAACCAGUCCUCUUUAAGAAAUGAACCUGCUCCUCCCAUUCCGUCCCGGGGCCCUGCAGUCUCCAUUGAAAUCAAUUCCAAGCCCAAGAGCUCAGGGUCCCCCCGUGUAAGUGCUUGGAAAUCCCAGCAGGACUGAGCUGAGACAGUGGACUCUGCAGGGAGUCCUGCAGCAGUGGUCUUGACAGGUAUAAUUUCAAACUGUUGCUGAGCACCUUUUGGGAUUGUUCAGAAACCCAGUCUUGCAGGCAUUUAAACAGAUAAAUGCUGGUGGUGUUGAACAGAAUGCAGCUAUCAGCAAAGUCUGGACUGUUACAGUAACCUGGAAACACAAGAUUUAUCUUUUGAUUAACCAACGUUUCGGGAGUUAAUUUAACCCAGUCCUAAAGUCAGUAGGCUUCACGCUGAAAGAGCUUUGGGAGUUGAUGUUCUAACAGCUCAUUAACUCACUGGGACAAUGCCAGCUACAUGAAUGGGCAAAAGAAACGAUAGUUGCUUACAGCAUGUGCUGAAACCUUUAGUAAAGAACUCUGCAGCCGGGUAAAGUUCCUGCAAGUAUCAUCACUGAGAUCCUCCAGGAAUUUGUAGUUUGGGUUUCUGGUGGCUUCUGACAGCACAAGGGAUGUGAUGGAUUUUAAGGUUCAAGUUCAUGCUGAUAUCUCUCCAGCCCAAAUAAGCAACCCCUUUCAGUGCUUCAGACCCCACUUUCCUGUAAUCUGUGGCAUAAGCUCCUUGCAGGGAAAUGGUGCAGCAUAUGGGUGCCUCUGUGGUCCAGCUCCCAGAGCAUUAGGAUGUGCAAAUAUUGAGUUACCCCCAUGAUAUGAGGGUGGAGAGAGGAGGGAGCCGAGAGUCGGUUAAAGUGGCAGAGACUUCUAUUCGAAGUGUGGUUGGCCAGGUUCUCAGCAGAACCCUUCACAGUUGCUCUUCAGCAGCCUGACUGAAGGUUGGGUGUGUCCUUCAUCCAGCUAAAGUGCAGCAGAAGUUUCAUACAAAUUAAUGUCUGUGCUUUGUGUUUAAGCCACACAACAAAAUUUUAAUUGUUUAAUUUUCUUUCUGUUGUGUUCUUGCACUGUUUCUGCAUGACAUGUUGCCAGCAUUUGUUGACAACAUUUUGAGUGCAGUGGUUGACCCGAGUGAGCCUACUCCAUUCACCAAGCCCUUGCUCUCCCCUUCUAUAUCGCCCCACUCUAAAGCUGCAUCUCAUGGCAAAGCUGAGGCAAGCUGCUGAUGUGCAACUGAGGAACAGCUGUCAGUCUUCGUCUGACCAUCCCACAAUGUACUGUUCCACACUGAGUAGCUGAGAAAAAAUGGCAACAGGGGAAGGCCAUUUGGCCCCUCGUGCCUGUGCUACCAUUCCAUAAGAUCAUAGCUGAUCUUGUACCUCACUACCACUCUCCUGCAUACCCUUGAUCUUGCAGUCUUGUUAAAAAUAUUCACAGUUCCAUUGAAAAGCGUUGGAGAUUACCCAGAUCUCUGGUUAGAGUGAAGAGCAAAGUAAGGCAGUGUUAAUACUCCCACCUCAUUAUUUUAAAGCUUGUAUGCAUGUAUUCUGUGAGAAACACAUUUUGUAAAAAAAAUUACUUUUGGGGAUGAAAUCGUACAGUUCGAUCAGAGUGGGAGCCUCUGAUAAUAGCAGCCAGCUGAGAGAAAGUUUGAAAGUUUGUCAUUUUAAAAGAAAACUAGGCCAAAAAAAAGUUAAGUCUUACACCAGUUCCCCUGCUUAAAGCUGAAAUGUUUGCCGCUGUAUCUUGUUUGUGCUAAAAUGCAGAAUCAUGGGUUUAAGUUGUCAGCAGCUGAUGGAGUUCUGAUGACUUGACCCUGGCCUUGCUUUCUGGUGAAGCUGUGUGAUGAACAGUACACGUGUUGAUAUGAUUCUCAUUUUUCAAGCUGUCGCAAAUAUUAAUUCGGUUCCUCAUUGCCUCCCACUGCCCCAUCAUGCGUCCUUACUGGUCUGUUUUCAAUGACUGUGACUGCAGUUAGCUGCAUAAUGUGUCCCUCGUACAUGGUGAUGCAAAGUUCUCGGGUAGUCCCAGAGGCUGAAAGGGGCAUUGGUACAACUUCCGGUGACCUGAUUUGUGUUUUUGGUCCAUCAUUAGAUCUGAAUGAGGCAAAAUGGAGUAAAUAUUGGUGCAAUAGUAAUCUGUCCAUUGGUUUGUAAAUACUGUAUGAUUGUGACAGUACAUCACAAAUGCAUCAUUUUUAACUUUUUAAGUAUGUCGUCUGGGAUGAACAGAUGAAAUUUUUACACUAUAAUUGGAAUGUUCAUUGGAUAAUAGCAUCUGGUUGGAUUUGUAGCAAGGAAUGUCCAUCAAUAACUACAGUCUAAAAGCUACAGUAAAACUCUAAUAAUCAGCUAUCCGAGUGUCAGAAAAUCAUGAUGUUUCAGCACCUGACUCACUGGUCUCCAUUUCCCAUGCUCCCUUUAAACUCGCCAAGGCCCUGUUCCUCCUCCUCCUCCUUCCCCCCACCCCCCCCAACCCCCUCUUUAAAUUUGCCAUGUUCACAGGAAAUUAAACCACUGUGCAAUAUCUUAACAAAAAAUGAAUUGAAAGUGUGUUGCGGUAUUAAUAGUAAUAACAUCCAAUGGUCUGGGAAAUCUGGAACCACCAAAGUGCUGAAUUAUCAGAGUUUACUGUAAAAUGUCAUUUUGCAUAUUUGAUCUACCCUUCCAACAGAAACCUGUGCACCACCACCACUCCCCCCAGUUAUGAUAAAUCCUAGAGGGACAAACUCAUUAUAACAAAGAUUUAUUUUUGCUACUCAAAGUUGAAGCUUUAAACUGCCUUCCUGGUGUAAUUAAGGUGGACCUUCCAAUACUGCAUUGACCUUUUUGUUUUUGAAAAGAAGGUAGACUGUAAUCUCCUGUUAUUUUCCUCCCUAGAUUUCCAAAGUAAAUCUUUCUGUUUGUUAUUGGCAAUCAGCAUGCUGCCGUAUUGAAUCCAAUAGCUUUGGGACUUGUGGCCCCACAUUAAGUUAUACUUGCACAUAUGGUUGAAAGAUGUCAGUCUUAUUCUAGCGGGGGCUUCAGUUUAGUAAUGGAUGAUGGCCAAGAGCCUUUAAUGCCACAGACGAUUGUGUUCCAGUGGCAUUUUAUAAAUGAUGUACAUUGUGUAAAUGUUAGAGAUAUUUAAUAAUGUUGCACUGUUUUAAUUUUUACUAUGGAAGCUUGUAACUUGUAAAACAAAUUGCAAUGGGAAUAAAUAGCAUCUUUGUAGUG